UGUCAGUAUGGGUUCCCACCUACACUGUUAGCUGCAGCUCUCUGCUUCAGCUAGAAGGCUAGAAGUAUUCAGUGUACCAUAGGCAGCGGGGGAGGGGAGAGAACACAAAAAAGACUGCUCUCUCUCUCUCAGCACUUGUGCUUUUGUUAGUUCUACAGAACAGGCAGUGAAACAAGAGAUAACAAAGGCUCCGUUUCCUUUCUGUGAGAGAAGGCUUUUUGUCUUUCCUCGCGUAACGAUGUCAGUGUCCGGCAAGAAAGAGUUUGAUGUGAAACAGAUCUUAAGGCUACGCUGGAGGUGGUUUAGUCAUCCUUCUCAAGGUUCGCCCAACACUGGAAGCUGCCUUCAGCAGGAAGGAUAUGAGCAUAGAGGGACCCCGGUUCAGGGCAGGUUGAAGAACCACUCUCGGGACAGAAACGGACUGAAGAAAAGCAACAGUCCUGUCCACCACAAUAUACUGGCGCCAGUGCCAGGACCGGCCCCUGCCCGUCAAAGAGCCCUUCAGAAUUGGCACCAACAAAACCUGAUAGAACAUCUCCAAGCAAAUGAAGAUAUUCCUAAAGCAGUUCCACAGGAGAAUUUAUUCAAAGAGGCUUGUGAGAAACACUCACAAGAUUUGGAGAUGAUGGCCGAUGACAAUAUAGAAGAGUCUACAGCAAGAUUAGAUGCACAGCAUCUUGAAGAAAUUAAUGUCACCAUAUCUGAGGAGCAAUUCCAUGCUGUAAACCAUGCAGAGCACACGCUCUGUAAAAUGGAGAACUAUUUGAAAGAGAAACAACUAUGUGAUGUGCUACUCAUUGCUGGACAUCUCCGAAUCCCAGCCCAUCGGUUGGUCCUCAGUGCAGUGUCUGAUUAUUUUGCUGCAAUGUUUACUAAUGAUUUGAUUGAAGCCAAACAAGAAGAGAUUAGGAUGGAGGGAGUAGAUCCAAAUGCACUUAAUUCCUUGGUGCAGUUUGCUUAUACAGGUGUCCUGCAAUUGAAAGAAGAGACCAUUGAAAAUUUGCUGGCUGCAGCUUGUCUCCUGCAGUUGACUCAGGUCAUUGAAGUCUGCUCCAAUUUCCUCAUAAAGCAGCUCCAUCCUACAAACUGCUUAGGAAUUCGAUCAUUUGGAGAUGCACAAGGCUGUAUGGAGCUUCUGAAUGUGGCACAUAAGUACACCAUGGAACACUUCAUUGAGGUGAUAAAGAACCAAGAAUUCCUCCUGCUUCCAACUAAUGAAAUUUCAAAACUACUGUGCAGUGAUGAUAUCAACGUGCCUGAUGAAGAAACUAUUUUCCAUGCUCUAAUGCACUGGGUAGGGCAUGAUGUGCAGAAUAGGCAACGAGACCUGGCCAUGCUGCUGUCUUACAUCAGACUGCCCUUACUUUCACCACAGUUAUUGGCAGAUCUUGAAAACCAUUCCAUGUUUACUGGUGAUCUUGAGUGUCAGAAACUCCUGAUGGAAGCUAUGAAGUAUCAUCUCUUACCUGAGAGAAGAUCCAUGUUACAAAGCCCUCGGACAAAACCUAGAAAAUCAACCGUGGGGGGACUUUAUGCUGUGGGAGGCAUAGAUGCUAUGAAAGGUACCACUACAAUUGAAAAAUAUGACCUUAGAACCAACAGUUGGGUACAUGUUGGCACCAUGAGUGGCCGUAGGCUUCAGUUUGGAGUAGCAGUUAUUGAUAAUAAGCUCUAUGUUGUGGGAGGAAGAGAUGGUUUAAAAACUUUGAAUACUGUGGAAUGUUUUAAUCCAAUUGGCAAAAUCUGGACUGUGAUGCCUCCCAUGUCAACACAUCGACAUGGCUUAGGUGUAGCCACACUUGAAGGACCAAUGUAUGCUGUAGGCGGUCAUGAUGGAUGGAGUUAUUUAAACACUGUAGAAAGAUGGGACCCAGAGGGACGCCAGUGGAAUUAUGUGGCCAGCAUGUCAACUCCAAGAAGCACAGUUGGUGUUGUUGCAUUAAACAACAAAUUAUAUGCUAUUGGUGGCCGUGAUGGAAGUUCCUGCCUCAAAUCAAUGGAAUACUUUGACCCACAUACUAACAAGUGGAGUAUGUGUGCUUCCAUGUCCAAAAGACGUGGAGGUGUGGGAGUUGCAACAUAUAAUGGAUUCUUAUAUGUUGUAGGAGGCCACGACGCCCCUGCUUCUAACCUUUGUUCUAGGCUUUCUGACUGCGUGGAACGGUAUGAUCCAAAAAAUGAUUCCUGGUCAACUGUGGCACCUCUGAAUGUUCCUCGAGAUGCUGUUGCUGUGUGCCCCCUCGGAGACAAACUCUACGUAGUUGGAGGAUAUGAUGGGCAUAGUUAUUUGAACACCGUAGAGUCAUAUGAUUCACAGAAAAAUGAAUGGAAAGAGGAAGUUCCUGUUAACAUUGGAAGAGCUGGUGCAUGUGUUGCAGUGCUGAAGCUACCCUAUACCUACUCUUAUCAAAUAGAAUGAAACCAGACAAUUUCAAGAAACAGAAGGAAGAAGAGAAGAAGAGAGGAAGAAGAAACAUGUUUCUUUGUUUGUGCAGUUAAUAAUUAAACUGGAAAAUUGUAGUGUCUUUUAAUAAGUAGUUAUAAUUUCUCUCAUUUGUGAAGCCAAAACAAGUUUUGAAACAUGGUUUACAUAUGAGUGUUAAGAAUAUAUGUCAUUGCAGGUGAUAAUAUAAAGGAAAAUUCAGUAAUUUAGGUUUAUCCUUAUUACUAUAAAAUGUUAAAAUAUUUAAUGAAAAUUGUUAGUGGACAAUGUGUGAAGGUUAUAAAAGUAUUAGAAAUAUUCAGAUUAAAAGUCUGAGAAGUUGAAAACAUUUUCUAUUAAAAAAAAGUAAAGGUACUCUAUUAUUUGAAAUGUAUCUUAAUAAAAAGAGAACAUCUGAAGUUUCAAAUAUAAAAUCUGGUUAUCAGUAAGAAAUUAUUCUCUUAUUCCAACAACAUCCCAAAUCUAAAUAAUACCUCACAUUUAUCAGAAAAAACUUUUAGUGUGUUGAGGUGUGAAAAAAACUAUGCUGAUCACAAGCUUAUUCUUUUUACAUACAAAUUUGAUAUUUCUUAACGUACUGUGUUGUUAGAUUUGUUGCCAGUAAAAUGUUGUAAUUUCAUACCCAUAAAUAAAAUAGUGAAUAUUUAUCAUAUUGAUAUAAAUUGUGACCUCAGCUUUAGAGUGUCAGGGACUACUUGUGUAGAAAGUAAUAUUCUCCUCAAACAUUUAUGUAAACUCUGUGAACAACUACCAUUAUGUUAAACAAGUUUCCAAAAACUUAUUUUUAAAGUGCAUUAAAAUUGAGGAGCUCUUACACAACGUACACAAUGGAAACACCAAAAUGUCAAUCUGCAUGGUUAAUUCUAUAGUCAUCCUUCACAUAUCAAUAUGUGUUUUUAUGUCAAUGUUAUAUUUAUCCAGUAGAAAAUGUUAAGGAUAUAUGCACUAUGAGAAAGACUUUUUAAAUUACAAAACAACAAAAAAGUUAGUUGGGUAGUAUUUUAACUUUAAAUUCUUACUUCCAUUUAUUCCAUUUAAUUAUAAAACUAUAAGUUGAAACAGUGAAGAAACUUCUUUAUGAAAGUAACUUUUCAAGUAAAUGUACAAUUUUCAAAUUUCUACAAGUUCUUUCAAGCAGACUUUGUAUUGUAGAUUGUGAAAACAAAAAAUAAAAUCUGGAGAAAUGCUAAAUGUACUAUUAACUUUUAAGUUUAAAAAAAGAACAACAUAAAUUGUACACAAGUAUUUGUACUUUGACAAAUUGAAUUUAAAUAAAA